CCACCCUGAAGUUCAUCGUGGUGAUCCUGGCCGCCGGGAUGGUGGCGUUUAUCGGGGCUGUCAUCUGCAUCAUCGCCGCGGUGCACACCGGCUCCUCCAGAGGAGCCGCGGCUCAGCAGCAGCUCUCCUCUGAGAAUCAGUCCGUUUACCCGGACUCUGCGGUCCCGGACUCUGCGGCUCACACUCCGGCCGCGGGCGGCUCUGCGGCCCGGGCCAGCUCUCUGGGAGCUCUGCACGGCUCCGAAACACCAGAGGCUCCGACGUUUAACGUCGGCCUGAGCGGAGUGACCGGCCUCACGGGACACGACCCCGCCGUGAGCCGCCUCAUCUGCACCCCCAUCCCCCCCGGACAGUGCAACACGGGGAAGUUUGAGCAACAAGCCGACGACCCCUCUCUGUACGCGGGGGAGGACUGGGGCUACCUCCGCACCACCGCGGAGGACCUGAGACAAACCGUCCUCCAACAGAAAGACCAGAUCCAGAGCGACCAGCGCACGAUCCACGAGCUCACGGGGAAACUGUCCGAGUGUGAGAAGGGGCUCCACGGCCGCACGAGGCGCGGGGGUCCCGCGGGGCUGUGGGGGGGCGCGGAGGACCUCCACCUGCAGCACAUGGUCCGGGACAGUCCGGACUCUGACACCGGACACAUCCUGACCGUGAGAGCCGUGGAUGAGCUGGAGCAGGCCAUCGCCCAACUGCAAGACCGCAUCGAGAAACUGGAGUCUGACAUCGGCCCAUUUCCUCACAACCUGACAGACGCUGUGACGGGCUCAGGACACCCGGACGAGCUGAAGAGCGGCAUCCCGGAGCCCCCGCCCCCUCUCCCCCCUCACACCGCUGAGGGGGACAUGUCCUGGACGGGAGAGGACCUCGAGGGCGAGCUGCAGAAGAAACUGGACCUGCUGGACAAAGAGAGAAAGGCCCUCAGGCUGGAAACACACAAGCAGAGGCAGGCGAUCGACCAGAGCAUCGCUAAACUUCAUCACCGCAUCUCAGGCCUGGAGGAAGUUAUUCCGGGCCAGGCGUUCCCAGAGGGCUUCAGACUGUCUUUCCCGACCAGGACGAACUACAUGUACGCCGCGGUGAACCAGCACAUCCCGAAGCUCCACGCCUUCACCAUCUGCAUGUGGCUCCGGCCCGCGGACAAGGGCAUCGGGACGCCGCUGUCCUACGCCGUGCCCGACCAACCCAACGAAGUGGUGCUACUGCAGGGCCUACGCACGCCCGUCGAGCUGCUCGUCAACGACAAGGUGGUGCAGCUCCCUCUAAACAUCAGCCGGGGCAGUUGGCAGCACAUCUGCGUGAGCUGGAGCCAGAGGGGGGGCACUUGGCAGGCCUUCCAGGGGGGCAGGCUGAGGGGCGAGGGUCACUCUCUGGCCGCGGGACACCACAUCCGCCCGGGGGGACUGCUGGUCCUGGGACAAGAGCAGGACACUGUUGGCGGAGGAUUCGACUCCACCCAGGCCCUGGUCGGAGAGAUGUCCCAGGUGGGCGUGUGGGACCGGGUGUUGUCCGCUAACCAGGUGGCUAGCCUGUCGCGCUGCAGUAAGAUAACGCAGGGCGGAGUGGCCGUGUGGACUGAGAGCCAAAUACAAGUGCACGGAGGAGCCACCAAAGACCCGGGCGAGCCGUGCAGUAAACACAGCAUGAGCUCGCAGUGA